CUCAGCGAGGGAGUGUCAGGUGGCGGUAAACACGGUGAGCGAGCGGCGAGGAGGUGCGAGAGGAUAGGUGUCUGCAGGCUAAGACUGUGGUAGAAAUGGAGAAUAACAUCAAUGAUGAGAGCGCGUCCAAGACCUGUGAAUAUGAUCCAAGUCAGCCUCUUCCAGUAAGGCAGCCCGGAUGUUGCUUCUUGCUACAGUAGUCUCCACCAUUGGAUGGGCGAGGGAGUCUACUUUUGCCCGACACUAUCGGAAGCCUCUUGCCCAGCAGAUGUCAAUCAAGAUGAACUCAUUAAGGCACAGGAGAAACAAAUUGCUGAAGAGCUCUUCCUGGAGAAUGUUGGAGAGUGUACGUCGAGACGAGAGCGGGGUGAUGUUCUGAGGACGAAGCCACCACGCUCCUCACCUUAUAAGAUCAAAGCCAACACAGCCAUGGUUGGGUCCUUAGAUGGCCUGAGUUCAUUGGAAGAAGAAUAUUCAAAUGAUCCUGUCUACAGCAGUAAAGUCAAAACUCUUCUUCCAAAGUUUUCAAAUGUGCGGCGAACAAGACCAGAUGGCAACUGUUUCCUGAGAGGCUUUAUAUUUGCUUACCUUGAGUAUUGCAUUCAUCACAGGGAUGAAUUAGUUAGAUUCAAGAAAUAUCUUGAAAGUAGCAAAGAAGAAUUGUUUGAAAUUGGAUUUCCCAAAUUCACUACGGAGGAUUUUCAUGAUAUGUUCAUGGAAGUUGUCAGUGAUCUAGAGGGUAGUGGAAGUAUUGACCGUGUGGAAGCUGUCUGCAAUGAUGCUGGAACCUCAGAUUAUCUUGUGGUGUAUUUGCGACUUCUCAUUUCUGCUCACCUUCAGAAAAAUGCUGAAUUCUUCAGCUUUUUCAUUGAAGGUGGAAGGACAGUGGAGGAAUUUUGUAAGCAGGAAGUUGAGCCUAUGUAUAGAGAAUGUGACCAUCUGCAUAUUGUGGCCCUGACUGCAGCUGUGGGAGUUGGUGUGCGAGUCAUGUAUCUUGACCGAGGGGAGGGAGAUGCCCUGGUGUCUCAUGACUUUCCUGAAGACAAGGAGCCAAUCAUUCACCUCCUGUAUCGCCCUGGGCACUAUGAUAUACUCUACAAAGCAUAAUGAUUACUUUUUAUAAUAGCUUGUUGAAAUAGAUUUUGAUAUGCAUUUUUGUUUCCCUUCAACUGACUGAGGAUAGUCAAUUUUUACUCCAUCUUGUGUUUUGUCAUCUUUCCUGACACAGAACUUUUAUCUGUGAAAUUCUAUGAUAUACUUUCCAAUGCUGUAUAUACAUAAACAUUGUGUAUAUGACCUUUAUCUCCUAAGAAAUAUUUCUGAUGUAUUUUUUGAUAGAUCUAAAUAUUCUUAUCAGUAUUUUAACUGGUAUUGUGAAUCUUAAGAUUCUUUAACAAUAUUUUCAGUGUUAUAUCACUGUAUGAUUAUUUAUUCAGUGUGUUUGUAAAAAUACUGGUUUUAUUACUAAUAUAAGACAAUAAAAAAUUCAAUGAGCGAAA